UCUCUUUCACUCUCGUUUCUGUCUGAGAAGAUUGUUAAAGGGCUCAGCGAAUGUCAGAGAGCUGGGAAGGAGAGGACAGGUACUGGCUUAUUACUUGUCAUUAAUUUAAUUACCUUACAGCACUUUUUUUUUAUUCCUUAAAAACUGCUGCUUUCACCUGUGUCCAUCUCAUUUUUUUGCUCGAGGCUCCAACAUUCGAAAAGCUUAAAGACAGCAGAAAGUGAAGAGCCGCAGUAUCAUGACAAGGAAGGUGUUCACCAACACUCGUGAGCGCUGGCGGCAACAUAAUGUCAACACUGCCUUUGCAGAGCUGCGGAAACUCAUCCCCACUCACCCACCCGAGAAAAAGCUCAGUAAGAACGAGAUUCUACGGCUAGCCAUGCGCUACAUCAAUUUUCUGGUUACUCUUUUGGAAAACCAGGGCGGGGAACCAACGGCUCACUCUCAAGCCGCACUUCUCACACUGCUUACAGGGAACAUGCAAAAUCUGCGCACUGACCGCACCUGGAACAGCGACACUGACCCACCCUCGCCCGGGUCCAGCUGCGAGAGUUCAGAAGCGUGGUAGACGCGUGUGACUUGACGGUUGCACGAAUAGAACUUAAGGAUUUUAAUUUCUCCUCAAUAGACUGUUCUGAACUAAAGUGUCAGCAUUCCAUUAGAGGAUUCUAUGAUUGUGACAUUGUCAGUGUGGUGAAAUCAAAGUUCCAUCUCCAUGGAGACAUAAAGCUGAAGCGGAUUCCAGAUUCUUGGAUUGUUCAUUGUGACACUUUAGUGGUCGUUAUGACAUCACAGUCACUCAUUCCAUCAACGCCGUUUGGAAAUAAUUGAUCUGCAGGAACCUAGAGACUAAAACAUUAAUGUGUUGGGGUUAUUUGCUAAUGCUUCAAAACUGCCAUUAUUUGUAAGUUAGCAGAGGCCCUGAGCAGCAUGCAUUGUCAAGGAUGCACUUUAUGAGCAUCUCACCUGUACUUUUUUUGCAUUUAUUUAAUUGAAUCUCUUUGACUGAAUGAACAACAAUGAAUACACUGCAACCUCUUUAGAUUUGAAAUAUAUUUAAUUGUAUUUUUAUUUUAUUUAUGCUGCAUAAAAAGUAUUUUAGCCAAGUUUUAAGAUUUACGUUUUGCAAUU